AUGACACCGAAGACUAAGGACGGUCAUGUCUGGGAGCCUCACACUGGCUUUCAGAAGGGACUCGAGAGUGACGCAGUUAUCUCGCCUCAGCGAUCGGUCUCUUCGACCAGCAAGGUAUUCGAUGUUAUUGUCAUUGGAGCUGGGUAUGCUGGUCUGGCGGCAGCUCGAGAUCUUAGCCAGCUGAGUCAUUCCGUACUACUGAUAGAAGCACGAGAUCGAAUUGGCGGCAGGACGUACACAGCCAAGAAAGAUGGUGCCACACCGCGCAAGCUCACCCAUGAAGAAGCCGGCGCUAUGCAAGCCAAAGCCUGGGACAUGUUCGUCAACGUCGACGGCCAAUUCGGUCGAACAAUCUGUCCUCUCCCCCACGCCCAGCUUGACAAUCCUAUCGUCGACCGAUCAACCGUUGAGAAUUCUGAUAACUUUGCUGAUGUCUGGUUGGGAUAUAAACUGAGGGAUGGCCAGACUGCACUUGCGAAGCGAAUGUUUGAGGAAGCUAUUGGAGAUGGGCUGGAAUAUGCCUUCUCCACGCAAGUCAAGUCAAUCUCUCAAGAUUCAUCUGGUGACGGUCCUGUCACAGUGACUAGCAGUUACGGCAAUAAGGAUAUCGAGUUCUCUCCUCCACUGACACAGCGUCGGCAAGACGCCAUUAGCAUUGGCCAUGUGAACCAGAUGACCAAGGUUCAUGCUGAUGUGAGUAACAAGGAACUCGAGAGAUGGAACGGCAUGAGAUUUCCUGGCGUUUUGAUGUACGGCUAUGGCGACGGCGUGCUGCCGAAUGGCGAUGUUCACGUUGUUGCUUUCGGUGCAGAUGAACGGGACACCUUCAUCCCCGAGAACAAUGCGGCACAGACUAUUGAAGCUCUUAAUAAGAUCCAUCCCAUGGAUGUCAAGAGGCUGAUGUUGCAUAAUUGGGCUACAGAUCCUUUCUCAAAGGGAGGUCCUGCUUGGUGGCAGCCAGGUUACAUGUCUAAAUACCAGGACGAACUUCAGAGUCGACACGGCAAUGUCUUUUUUGCUUCAGCCGACUGGGCUCAUGGAUGGAGAGCUGCUAUCGAUGGUGCUUUGGAGCAGGGUUGUCUGAAUGCGCAGGUCGCUCAUCGCGAGGUCGUUGCUUCGAAGAAGAAGGCUGGUGGUAGUAAGCUUUGA